AUGUACAGUACAUUGUUGCAAUACUCGAUCCGUUUCCUUCCUCGUAAACUAGCACCCACUCGCAAUGCUGUAACACUUUGGAAGAGAUCAGAGAUAGUACAACGGAGAAGUGAUGGCUCGCAUCGGGGACAGGAACAGAUACAGAGACGUGGAUACCCUUGGUCGGCUUCUUCACAGGACUACAUUCCAAUUAUCAUUAGAAGCCAUCUGAGGGGCAGAUGGAUGAAAGAAUAUGCAAAAAUCAAAGUGAAGAAAAAUUGUAGCAGACUAGAUGCCUUGUAUGUAUGCAAUCACACAAUAUGUAUAAUUGGAAAAUUGGAAAUCUGCAAAGAAAAACUACGCAAGCAGCUGAGUUUUUUAUUCGUGCAGUGGAUGGCGAAGAUCUAUAGAAAGGAUCCACAGCCGGAUCCAAGACGACUCAAUCCGGUAGAAUCCGAGCUUCAACGGCUGCUCGCGCACUAUCGCGAUGUACGCAGCAGAUCGAAAGUUUUGAGAUUGCCCAUCAUACAUCAAUAUAGUGAAGAAGAUCCUUACGUCAGAGCUUUGGAGAAUUAUCUAAAAAUGUUUCAAAGCGACGAACCAUUCCAAUUUUGCCAUCUCGCCAUGCCGAACGACUUUGGAAAUAUCAUUAAGCUAAAGUUCUUGCGAACACCAAUUUUCACAGAUGAACAGGUGAAUCAUUACCUUGUCGAAGAAGUGUUGCAUUUGAUUGAACGUCGCCAAGAGUAG